GUAAAAGUCCAGUUCGUAUGAAAAGAACAGAUCUUUCUUUCUUUCCAAGAUUUGCUCAGUUUGCUUCCUAUGCAGAUAUGUUCUCUCUUAAUAGGGAACGACCCCUGUGCUACGUACGUACCGGCUUCUCCAUUAAUGCCAAGUUUCCACCUUACCUAAUCUACGAAAUACUUCUCCUACUCCCAAUAAAGCCUCUAUUGCGUUUCCAGUGCCUUUCCCAUCAAUACCGUGCUCUGAUCAACAGUCCAUUUUUCAUUACGGAGCAUCUCGAGAGCUCCAAGGCGACCGAUAGGGAACGCGCUCUCAUUGCAUUGGAAUGCGACAUCGUUCGGCCAGAUUGCUGCUCGGUACCCUUCCACGAUGACGAUCGUUUUGGCAGGGCCGUGCAGUUAUACUAUCCGCUGCCGCUGCGACAUCGAGAAAUACAACUCGUGGGCUAUUCCAAUGGCCUGGUUACCCUCCAUGACAGUGACUAUGUGAUUGUCAUUUGGAAUCCAUUGAUCCGGAAAUACAAGCAACUUCCAUUUGAACCGAUAGAAAACCCCCAUGGUUCAAAUGCCCAUAGGUUGCCCAGCUUAGCAUUCGGUCACGACGUUGUUAACGAUGACUACAAGGUUUUCAGAAUUGUGCAAUUUAAAGAAAGAUAUGUGGAUGGAUUGGCGUCUGAAGUGAAGGUAUAUAGCUUGAGAGCGCAGUCUUGGAAGAGGAUUAACGACGAAUGGCCUACUAAAUUCUUCAGCGUUAUUUCAGAUUCAGCAUCCUUAAAUGGUGCUUUGCACUGGUUUGUUGGUCCUUUUGAUAUAGAACAUAACCGCCAGCUCCUUAUAGGUUUCGAUCUCGCUACUGAGAAGUUUCGGGAGUAUGCAAUUCCUAUUGAACAAGAUAAUGAGUCGGAACACAGUUUGGGGGUUUUGGGAGAUUGGCUGUGUGUUUGUCAAAAUGUUUAUGCGACGCAUAGCCAUUUUUGGGUGAUGAAGGAGUACGGGGUGGAGAGCUCCUGGACUCGGCUUUAUACCAUAUCAUUACUAGGAGUUGCGAACUCUUGGAAGAUUCGGUGCUGCAAGCCUUUAGCGCUUUCAAAAAACGGCGAGAAGGUCCUGGUGCAGCCUGACGAUAAGAAGCCCUUCUGGUACGACAUGAAAGAGAAGAGAAUUGAGAAAGUUGGGAUUUCUCCGCUGCCCUGUGGGUUUGAGACAGCCAUUUGUGUGGAAAGCCUUGUUCUUCUCGAUGGUGAUAGGUAAACGGGCAAUUGCGGAAACUGCUCUCUCUCUCUCUCUCUCUGAAAAGUUACAUACGGGAAUAAAUAUACUUGGCUUCAAGAUUGUUGUACAGGUGAAUUUCCAUCUAUAUACAACAUACGCAUGCAGGAUUUGAUAAUUCAUGAUUACAAAAAAAGGAAAAUGGAACUCGUGUACUCUUGUGGGCUAUUCCCUUUUCUUUCCUCGUUCAACACUUGAGACUCAUCACAUUUAUAAAUAGUGCCAGGAUUGUUGCAUCUUGCAUAUGAUAAGUGUCUUGGGUUUUGACGAUCAGCUGGGUCUUGCCAUGCCUGUAUGCCUUAGUGCAAUG